AUGCUCUCUGCACGUCCAAUGCAGCAACUCGCUUUUCCAAGUGACGAUUCGUCGUCGCCGCCUAGUAGUCCAGAUUGUGAUACUCGAGCCGUCGCCGAACGACAACCAAGUCCUAAUCUCCUCACUGUUCCCGACGUUGACCACAAUGGUCGUCUCGCUACUUCAAAACUCCAGCUUCCAGAUACUACAACCCAUUCUCGCUUCCGCUUUUCCCGAAAACCAUCUACAACCGCACUUAAACAACGGAAUACCGGUACCUCCACCCCAGUCAAGCAUGGUCCCCUUCAUGAUCUUAAACGCUUCCUUAACCAUCACAUACCCCAUCACAAUCCUUCCUCAAACUUUUCUAGCGCUUCUCCUUCCUCAAACGCUUCAUCCUCCCACACACCCCCUGAACCACAUCUUCAACCCGCAGAUCAGCGCAGAGGUAACGACUUCGACACAAAUCCACUCCCUAUAAUAUCAAACAGCAAGUCCCCCUUCAGCUUCAUUCACAAGGCCCGCAAGGACAAGGGCAAACUUCCCUCCCCUCCAUCCACCUCUCUAUCUCCCCGACGUCCUUCCCCAUCUCCUCCAGGAACUCCUUCCGCCGUCCCAAUACAAUCCCUCUCAGAAGCAACUCACGCCCACCUUUCAAAAAAGUAUGGCAAGUGGGGUCGCGUUCUCGGCACCGGCGCAGGUGGCACUGUUCGCCUCAUUCGCGCACGCACUAAAGCGGGAGGCGCAGUAUACGCUGUAAAGCAAUUUCGCCCAAGACGUACCGGCGAGUCCGAGCGUGAGUACGAGAAUAAAGUUAGGGCCGAGUUCUGUGUCGGUGCAUGUUUGAAGCAUGUAAAUGUCAUCGAAACUGUCGACAUCGUCUGCGAUCAUGGUCAUUACUAUGAGGUCAUGGAGUACGCUCCCUACGACCUCUUCAGCGUCGUCAUGUCUGGUCGCAUGCUACGUCCAGAAAUUUUCUGCGUAUUUCGCCAAAUAUGCAAUGGCGUAGCAUACCUUCACUCUCUUGGCCUAGCACAUCGUGAUCUAAAGCUCGAUAACUGUGUCAUGACACAAGGCGAUGUCGUCAAACUCAUCGAUUUCGGAACAGCAGUAGUAUUCGCCUACCCUGGAACCGGAACUCCCAACGGAACGUUAUUGCCUCCAGUCACAGGCUAUGUCAGUGGCGCUCUCAACCCCCCUUGCUCCCUCCAAUGCCCAAAGCUUCCACAUCCCAACGAUCCCCCAUCCGGUCCGCAUUCCCAUGCUCGCUUGAUACUUGCCACCGGCAUAGUUGGCAGCGAUCCGUACCUCGCGCCCGAAGUCCUUGGUGGCGGUGCCUAUGAUCCUAGAAAGACCGAUGUAUGGAGCGUAGGCGUCAUCUUUGUCUGCAUGGUCCUCCGCCGCUUCCCAUGGGCAGUCCCUGACCGCGAACGGGAUAACUCAUUUAAAGCGUUUAUCGAAGCCGAAGCUUCUUCCCCUCUUCCGCGCCCGUCGAGGCGCAAGCGCUCCAAGGGUCCGAAACCCGCUCCUUCAGAACCUUCAACCGUUCCCCCGAGCCCUGUAAUAAGCGCUCCAGCCAGUCCCGAUUCAAGUCCAGACGCACGGAGCACGUCCCUGGACGUUCCGAGCAUACACGCUGAUGGGGCUAAUGACGUCAAGUCGGUCCUGUCAAAUGUGUCCCUGUACACCGCUACGGCGAGUACGCUGACGUUCACGUCGUCGUCAUCGCCAGCCAGCGAUACGGGGAGCGAACACUCGCCUCGCCGGCGCGCGAUUGAGUUAGGUUUGCCUAGUCCUGGGGCACGGACGGCCACGCUUCCUGCGAUGUUGCCAAGUACACCCGGUGUGGCCGAGGGCGGGGACGUGGAUCAGAGCGUUUUGGUGUUUGCCCGCCCUUCAGUUUCGACGGAGAGUUUGCCUGCUCUGAGGGCAGACAGCCCAGAGGAGAUCGAGCGUGCGAGCGUUAAUGGGUUUAUUGAGGGCAAGACCCCCAAGGAGCGUGAUUUCGCACGGGAGUCACAGACGCCCACGAUUCAAAGUAUGAAGAGUGACGGUGCAAAGGUUAAUGGUGCACAGGCGCCGUCGAUACCUGAGCCUUCCACGCAAGCAUCAUCAUCAUCACCUCCUGCAUCUCAGCCCCAAGUGCCCUCACCAAAGCGUGCGCCCCCAAGACGCACCCGCUCGACGUCGACAUCUUCGCCAAACUCGAUAUUCCGGCUUCUGCCCCGCGAAACGCGGCCUGCGCUACGGCGGAUGCUGUGCGUAGACCCUGCGAUGCGCACAACGAUGGGUGAACUUCUGUGGGGACGACGAGGAAUGGGCGGGAUCGUUGCGCUAGCAGAGGGAGAUGAAUGUGAAUGCGAGGAUGGGGAGUGCGAAUCCGAGUCGGAAGAGCAGCAGAAUGAGGAUGAAGACUUCCUGGAGGACUAUGAGGAUGGGGACGAGUGGAUACGGAGCAUAGAGACGUGCACGGAGAGCAGUGGGCCGAAGCAUGUGCAUGUAAGGAUUCAGAACGAGGAGAAGAGUUUCAAGAAGAGGUUUUUUUGA